AUGGCUGAGGCCUCCGCCGCCCCGGGCAGCCUCCUCUGCAGGCAGCUCCUGCUCUCUCUCCUGGUUUUAAUUCUGUUUUGCGAUGCUUGUCAGAAAAUCUCUCUUCAAGUUCCCUCUCAUCUUCGAGCUGAAACACUUGUAGGCAAAGUGAACGUGAGGGAGUGUCUCCAGUCAGCCAGCCUAAUCCGGUCCAGCGAUCCCGACUUCAGAGUUCUACAAGAUGGCUCCGUUUACACAACACAUGACCUCGUCUUGUCUCCUCCGAGAAAGAGUUUCUCCAUUUUCCUCUCAGACAGUCAGCAGCUGGAGCAGAGGGAGAUGGAAAUUGUGCUGGAAGCAAUAGGAAAGAAGGUUCUGAGAAAGAGACACGCCAAAAGCACAGCCCUCAAGCGCAGCAAGCGGCGCUGGGCUCCGAUCCCCUGUUCCCUGAUGGAGAACUCCUUAGGCCCCUUCCCACAGCACGUCCAGCAGGUCCAAUCGGAUGCGGCACAGAACUACACCAUCUUUUACUCGAUCAGUGGACCAGGAGUGGACAAAGAGCCCUUCAAUCUGUUCUUCAUUAAUAAAGACACUGGGGACAUCUUCUGUACGCGAAGCAUCGAUCGCGAGCAAUAUCAAGAGUUUCCGCUGUACGCCUACGCCACCACCGCCGAUGGGUACGCCCCGGAGUACCCACUCCCCUUGCUGUUCAAGGUUGAGGACGAUAACGACAAUGCCCCGUAUUUUGAAAACAAAGUGACCAUCUUUACUGUGCCUGAAAACUGCAGAACCGGAACUUCAGUGGGGAAAGUGACUGCCAUCGACCUCGACGAGCCUGACACUCUGCACACUCGUCUGAAAUACAAAAUCUUACAGCAAAUCCCCGAUCACCCGAAGCAUUUCUCCAUCCACCCGGACACAGGCGUCAUCACCACCACUUCGCUCUUACUGGACCGAGAAAAAUGUGACACAUACCAGUUAGUAAUGGAGGUCCGAGACAUGGGCGGCCAACAUUUUGGUUUGUUUAACACAGGAACAAUCACGAUUUCACUCCAAGAUGAAAAUGACAAUUCACCAUAUUUCACAGAAAAUUCUUAUUUUGCAGAAGUAGAAGAAAACAGAAUUGAUGUUGAGAUUUUACGAAUGGCGGUUCAUGACCUGGACCUGCCAAACACUGCUCACUCAAAGGCCGUGUACAAAAUCCUGCAGGGAAACGAGAAUGGCAACUUCAAAAUCAGCACGGACCCAAAUACAAAUGAGGCAGUCUUGUGUGUUGUCAAGCCAUUGAACUAUGAAGUCAAUCGCCAAGUCACUCUGCAAAUCGGUGUGGUUAACGAGGCGCAGUUCUCCAGCGUACCGAACUCACAGCCUCCUACCAUGUGCACGACCACCGUCACCGUUAAAGUCAAAGACAGCGACGAGGGCCCCGAGUGCCAGCCGCCGGUGAAGGUCAUUCAGAGCAAAGAUGGCCUCCCCGCCGGCCAGGAGCUGCUGGGGUACAAAGCAAUGGAUCCUGAAACACGCAGCGGGGAAGGCUUAAGGUAUAAGAAGUUAGGAGAUGAAGAUAACUGGUUUGAAAUUAACGAAAACACUGGCGACCUGCGAACUGUGAAAGUGCUAGACAGAGAGUCAAAGUUUGUGAAAAAUGACCAGUACAAUGUUUCUGUGGUUGCAACUGAUGCAGGUGGCAGAUCUUGCACUGGAACACUCGUGGUUCUUUUGGAAGACAACAAUGACCACCCGCCACAGGUUGACAAGGACGUGACCAUUUGUCAGCAUGCUCAGGAUUUUGCUGUUCUCUCACCGAAUGAUGCAGAUGGGCCCGAGAAUGGCCCACCUUUUGUAUUCCUUCUGGAUAAUUCUGCCAGCAAACAUUGGACCUUAGGAUCAAAGGAUGGUAAAACUGCCAUUCUUCGUGCCAAACAACACAUGGAUUAUAACUAUUACACUGUGCCCAUCACCAUAAAAGACAGACAUGGUCUUGCUGCAAAGCACGUGCUGUCAGUCAGAGUGUGUGACUGCACAACUCCGUCUGACUGCAGAAUGACCAGUAAAGUACGGGACCGAGAUGCCAAGCUCCCCAAUGUGAUCCUCGGGAAAUGGGCAAUUCUUGCCAUGGUGUUGGGUUCCGCACUGUUGUUAUGUGCUCUGUUUACCUGUUUCUGUGUUGCUACUAAGAGAACAGUGAAGAAAUGCAUUCCAGAUGAUGUAGCCCAGCAAAACUUAAUUGUGUCAAAUACUGAGGGGCCUGGAGAGGAAGUAAUGGAGGCAAACAUCAGACUCCCCACACAGACCUCCAACGUCUGCGACACCAGCAUGUCUGUGGGCACUCUCGGGGGCCAGGGAGUCAAAACACAGCAGAGCUUUGAGAUGGUCAAAGGCGGAGGCGGACACCAGACCUUGGACUCUGUCAAGGGGGCGGGGCAGGGCGUGCUGGAGGCUGGCAGAUACACGUACACCGACUGGCACAGCUUUACCCAGCCCCGGCUUGGCGAGAAAGUGUACCUGUGCGGACAAGACGAGGAGCACAGGAUCUGCGAGGACCAGGUGCGCGCCUACCACUACGAGGGCAGGGGCUCGGCGGCCGGCUCGGUGGGCUGCUGCAGCGACCGGCAGGAGGAGGAGGGGCUGGAGUUCCUGGACCACCUGGAGCCCAAGUUCCGCACGCUGGCCAAGACGUGUGUAAGGAAGUGA